GAGCUCAGCAUCGCCCUCUACAGACACCUCCGUGGACUGCAGGACAACAGAGACAUCCCAGAAGGUUCUGUGGCUUGGAAGGACUUGAACCUCCUUUGCUGUGACAUUGAUAGUGACCUGAUAGAGCGAGCAAAACAGCAAAGCCCCUUUUCUGGCUGUGUUUCAUACGUCACCCUCGAUAUCAUGGACGAAACCAGGGAGCCUCUUCUGCGCUCCUAUUUGAGUAAGUUUGGAUGUUCUGCUUUUGACAUUUGCUUCUGCAUGUCCGUGACCAUGUGGAUCCACCUGAAUCACGGGGACAGUGGCCUGGUGACAUUCUUGUCCUGUCUCGCCUCCAAGUGCACAUACUUGCUAGUGGAACCGCAGCCGUGGAAGUGCUACCGAGCUGCUGCCCGACGUCUCCGAAAGCUAGGCAGGAACGACUUUGACCACUUCCGCUCGCUCACCAUCAAUGGUGAUAUGACGGAGAAGAUAACCCAAAUCUUGACCAAAAACUGUGCCAUGGAGUUCCUGCGUUGCUUUGGGAGCACUGGCUGGGACAGGAGCCUUUUGCUUUUUAAAUCCAACAGAUCAAAUAUUUGUAGUGAUUAAGGAUCUGUCAGGGUUUGUGUUGCAACAGAAAGAAAGUGGCAGGUUAUGGGCAGGACUGUCUGAUGUUGGCCUGCUCACUUCUAUAUAUUUCUUUUAAGGUCGUAUCAAUCAAAUGCAUCUCUUCAUC